AUGACCACAGAGUUUUUGAAAGCGGUUAAAGAUGUCGAUAUGCAUACAGAUGACUAUGUUUACCUACUGCCUUGGCUACAAACCGAAAAGGAGGACACUUUACCGUGGAUUGGUGACGACGGACAAAUACUACAGAAUAUCAAGGAACUAUUUGCGAAUGCUAUCAUUGUCAAUGUCGUCUAUCGAAAAUCAUCAAUUUGUAUCGACAACCGAUUUUUUUUUCAGAUAGAUGUCGUGAGUGCAUUCGGUAAUACACUCGUGACACCGUUUCGGGAGCGUCUUGAAGCCAGCGGAAUGACAGCGGACGAUUUAGAUUUAAGCGAUUUAUACGGCUACAUUCAUUUGUAUGAUGCGCUGAAGUUGUACACAAUGGCUGUGAGACGUGCAUUGAAUGAGACUGGGAGACUGGAAAUCGUCACAAAUGGAAAGUAUAUCUUCAACGAAAUGAGACGAAUGACAUUCCAAGGAUUAGUGAGUGCAGCGGGUGUAUCGUCUGGAAUGGUGAUGAUGGACGAUCUUGCCGAAAGAGCACCAUUUUAUGCCGCAUUUUUGGUUCAAACCACACGUGAUCAGCCAACGAAACUCGUCGAAAUGGAACCAGUUUUAUUGCCAAAAUGCGAUGGUUAUAAAACUCAUAGUGGAUGCUAUAAUUUAGUAGGUAAUGAAAAACCAAGCCAGAUCAACCAAAUUAUGAGCCGAUUUCAGUCAAUAACGAAUCUGGUGACUGGCUUUUGGCCAUCGCCCGACGGUCGUGUGCCUCCAGAUGAGCCGAAAUGUGGAUAUCGCAAUGAGAGAUGCGAUUAUACACCAAUCAUAAUCGCUGGAAGUGCGCUAGUGGUUUGCAUGGCCGGCAUUCUAUCAGCAUACCUACUAUAUCGAUAUUGGUAUCACCGUUCUCAACAUAUUUCUUGUCGACGACCUCUUAUCGCUGGAAAUAGAUAA